AUGGACAAGCUCCUCGAAAGGACAGCGACGUCGUCGCGCGGCAUCAAAUACCGUUACUACACGUCCGAGGCAACCAAAGACAACAACUCUCGCCCAGCACUACUCUUCCUCCACGGAUGGCCAGAUAGUUCGGCGCUUUGGCAGUUCAUCGCGCCGGUAUUCCACGAUCUGGGCUAUCGCGUCGUCGUGCCAGAUCUGCUUGGGUAUGGGGGGACUUCGAAGCCCCUGGACGUGGAGCUCUACACCUUUGGCUAUCAAGCGCAAGAUCUCAUGGAACUGCGUGAUAGUCUGGGCAUCAAGCAGGUUAUUCCUGUUGGUCACGAUUGGGGCAGUGGACUGGCGCAGCGGGUUUAUCAUUUCUUUCCGGAACGUGUGGUAGCGCUCGUCCUGCUUUCAGUAGCAUACUUCCCACCCGGUAAAGACGACAGUCCACGCGAUCCAGUCGCGGGUAACGACGAGUUCGAAAGGAUAGACGGCUACCGACGCUUCCAAUACCAGGAACACUUCAUCGAAGACGACGCCCCAGAGCUCUGGAACGACCAUCUCGAGAGCGCAUGGACGGCCAUCCACGUCAGCGACCGCGCCAUGGCGAUGAAACUAUGGUGCCAACCAGGAAAUUUCCGGGAGUACAUCUCCAGCGACAGAAGAGACAACUCCGUGUACGACUUCGCAAAGAAUCCAGCCAUCAAAGACCCCUGGAUCAAGUCGAUGCGCGAAGGCGGCCUCGCCGCACCAUUCACGUGGUAUCGUGCGUUCUGGGCGAACGUCCACUCGACCCCCGAAAAGGACUUACCAGCCGAGCAGGAGAAAUGGUGCUUCGGUUACCCCUCCACGGACAAAUGCACCGCUGGCGACAGUUCUUCCUUUUUUGGUCGCGGUGUUGUGAGAGGGUGUGGGUGCGAGUGGGGCCAGAAGAAUAUCGUCGUGGUACAGGGAGCCGCUACAUUCCGCUCCACAGCCUUUCCGCUUGAUGAGGCUGCGAUCAUGACACCCUGGGCGAGCGGGCGGACCGAAGAGCCCGAUAGCGAGGAGCGACAUCGCCUCUUGAAAGACGAGGAGGAACUCCUCAAUGGCGACCACCCACCCGUGCAUCAAUUCGAAAUCGAAGACGCCGUCGACGAGGAGACGACUUCUCAGCAGAAUGGACGGAUCCACCUCAGAGCUGAUACCGUCGACCACAAAAUCAGCAACAAAGACAGACUGCGCUUCGUACUGCUCCUCCCCAUCGCCUACGCCACGGGGGCAGUUCAAUCACUACUUUCCAACAUCCGCCGUCUCCCAUCAACAGCCUCCCGACUAGGCUUCUUCGGCACCCUCCGCGCCCUCUUCAACUACCCCGAACCCGGGCUCGAGCUGCGCAGCACCGCCUGGCUCGACGGCCUGCGCGGCCUCGCGGCCUUCGAAGUCUUCCUCUUCCACUACAUCGACGGCUGGAUCAACCGCUCGCACGGCUGGGGCGAAGACCACAACCUCCGUCCGGAAUGGUACUACGCCCCGUUCAUCCGCACCUUCUACGCGAGCGGCGAUGCGGCGGUGUGUUUGUUCUUUGGGAUUUCUGGGUAUGUGCUGUCGUAUCGCAUGUUGGGUCUGAUGCGGCAGCAGAGGAAGGAGGAGCUGCUCACGGCGCUGUCGUCGGCGGUGUUUCGGAGGGGGAUUAGACUGUACAUGCCGGUUGUCGUGGAGACUUUCACGCUGAUGAUGAUGUGUCGGUAUUUGGGACUGCCGAAGCCUGGGAAUUAUGAGCCUCAGCCGACGCUCUUCCUGGAGUUGAGGACGUGGUAUAUCAGCAUCCUGCACUUGCUGCUACCGCUUCGAUAUCCCGACCGCUGGGACGCUCUGCAAGACCGCUACGAUGGUGGGAUUUCUUGGACCAUCCCCCUGGAAUACUACGGCUCCAUCUACAUCUACGCCUCGAUCGUCUUCCUCGCCCAAGUCCGCAGCGUGACCGUCCGCCGCAUGCUCUGCAUCGGCAUGGCGGUUCAAAGCUUCGCCAAAGACGACUGGAUCGCCGCGCAAUUCGUCAUGGGCAUGGCCUUCGCCGACUACCAACUGGAGCGCCAAAAAGACCCCAAACCCUCCAGCCCCCGCCGCCGCCUCGUCGUCUUCCUCAUCUUUCUCUGGGGCUUCUACGUCUCCGGGCUCCCCGGCGGCAUCCUCAAGAAAAUCGACGACCAAGGCACCGAGAUCCUCGAGUCCCGCCCGGCCUUCGACUGGGUCGCCAAGCCGGUCUUCUGGCUAGGUCUGUACAAAGACCGGCAGGCCGAUCGCUACAUCCUGUGCUUCGCGUCCAUGGCCUCCCUCAUCGGCAUGGGCGAGACGCCCUUCCUGCGCCGCUUCCUCGAGACCCGACCCGUGCAGUACCUCGGCCGCAUCUCCUUCGGCCUCUACCUCUGCCACAUCUUCUGGCGCGCGUGGCUGGAGCCUUUACGCGUGGGCAUCAUCUCCCUGGUCGGGCUGGACACGAGCCUGACGUUCUUCGAGUGGGAGGACAAAGGGCGGAUGUUCGUCGCGUAUGUGUUGUUCAUGAUCCCGUCGAUGGUCGUCAACUUCAUCUUUGCCGGGCUGUUUGAGCGGUAUUUGGAUAAGCCGUCGGUGUCGACCGGGAGGAGGUUUGAGAAGUGGUGUUUGAGUUUUAGGGAGACGGGGCCGGCGGAGGCGGCGACGUUGCAGAUGCAUGAGAGGGAGAGGGGGAGGGAGAGAGGUCCAGCGUAG